AUGGAACCUCACGUCUCUGUCGCAAGUGCUGACUCAUCUGGCAAAGUCACCGUCUGGGCAUCGACCCAAGGUCCUUUUGCUAUCCGUUCUGGUAUUGCUGGUACGUUGGGCAUCCCGUUGACGCAAAUUAACGUCAUCGGAACGACAAUGGGCGGUGGUUUUGGUGGACGUUUUGGUGUCAUCAUUACGCACAUUCCAGCUGUGCUGCUUUCACAAAAAACAGGACGUCCCGUUCGUGUACAGAUGACGCGUGAAGAGGAAUUCACUGAUGGUAGACCGGCACCCGGAUGUGUUAUCAAACUGAAAACAGGUGCUACGAACGACGGACGUAUCCUCGCACGGCAGGCACUCGCCUUCUGGGAUUCCGGAUCCGUCUCUGGUGCUUCCAUCGGUAGCACGAUUCGAGUCCGUGGGGUCUACAAGAUUCCCAAUCUCAAGGUAGACGCUUACGGCGUUCACACCAACAAAUCCGGUACAGCCGCAUAUAGGGCACCGGGUGCACCGCAAGCCAUUUUUGCUGGUGAAUCUCAACUCGAUGAAAUUGCUGAACGUCUCGGCAUGGAUCCCGUUGAAUUCCGUCUGAUGAACAUGCGCGAAGAAGGCGAUCCUAGUCCAGCAGGCGGAAGUGAACCCAAAGUGGGUUACAAAGAGACUUUGGAAGCGGUUGCAGAUGCCGCCGGAUGGUGGGAUCGGGAAACUGACGAAAACCAAGGAUGGGGCGUUGCUGUUGGUGAUUGGACAAACGGGUGUGGACCCGGUUGGGUCUACGUUUCCGUUCACGAAGACGGAAGUGCUCGUGUCUUCCACGGCUCUAUGGACAUCACCGGAACAGAUACCAUGAUUUCACAGAUUGUCGCUGAAAUCCUGACUGUGCCGUAUAAAAGCGUCACAAUUCGGCGCGGUGAUACAGAUUCCGCUCCUGUAUUCCAACAGUUCAGGCGGAAGCGUUGUGACAUUCACGAUGGGUAA